AUGUCUCAUCGUAAAUUUAGUGCUCCUCGGCAUGGUUCUAUGGGUUUCUACCCAAAGAAGCGCGCACGUCGUCAUCGUGGUAGAGUAAAGUCUUUCCCCAAAGAUGAUCCCAGCAAGCCAAUCCAUUUAACCGCUUUCAUUGCAUAUAAAGCUGGUAUGACCCACGUUGUUCGUGAAGCCGACCGGCCAGGAUCAAAACUCAACAAGAAGGAAAUUGUGGAGCCUGUUACCAUUUUGGAAGCUCCUCCCAUGAUCAUUGUUGGUGUUGUAGGUUAUGUUGAAACUCCAUAUGGUCUUAAACCUUUAAAGACUGUGUUCGCUGAACAUUUGUCUGAAGAUUGCCGUCGUCGUUUUUACAAGAACUGGUACAAAUCAAAAAAGAAGGCUUUUGUCAAGUACUCCAGGAAGUGGCAAGAUGAGAAUGGAAAAAGACAAAUUGCUAAAGAUCUUGGUAAAAUUGCCAAAUACUCCAAAGUUAUCCGCGUUGUUGCCCACACACAGAUGAAAUUGUUGAAGAAACGCCAAAAGAAGGCUCAUAUCAUGGAGAUCCAAGUUAAUGGAGGUACUGUUGCUGAAAAGGUACAAUGGGCUAAGGAACAUUUUGAAAAGCCAGUACCUGUAUCUCAUGUAUUUGCACCAGAUGAGAUGAUAGAUUGUAUUGGUGUCACUAAGGGUCGUGGAUACAAAGGUGUUACAUCCCGUUGGCAUACAAAGAAAUUGCCCCGUAAGACACAUAAAGGUCUUCGUAAGGUUGCUUGCAUUGGAGCAUGGCAUCCUAGUCGUGUCCAGUUCACUGUUGCACGUGCUGGUCAAAAGGGUUACCAUCAUCGUACUGAAAUCAAUAAGAAGAUAUACCGUAUUGGACUUGGAAUUCAUACCAAGGAUGGAAAGGUUAUCAAAAACAAUGCAUCAACUGAGUACGAUUUGACCGAGAAGACUAUCACCCCCAUGGGAGGUUUUCCUCAUUAUGGUGAAGUUAACAAUGAUUUCUUGAUGAUCAAGGGAUGUUGUGUUGGCCCCAAGAAGCGAGUUAUCACUCUUCGUAAAUCUUUGUUGGUACACACAAAACGUGCUGCUUUGGAGAGUAUCAACUUGAAAUUCAUCGAUACCUCAUCCAAAUUCGGUCAUGGACGGUUCCAGACUAUUGCCGACAAGGCAGCUUUCAUGGGUCCAUUGAAGAAGGACAGGAUUCGAGAAGAAGAGAAAGCCACAGCGGCUGCAAAAUAA